AUGGGCGCUGGAACCAGCUGCAAAUGCGAUGGAACGACGGAGACCCCCAAAACUUCAGUGGAGGUGGUCACGAUCAAGACUGAAGAGAAGAACACAGAGAACGAACGCUCAAGCCCCAGAGAGGAGGUCCCGUCGCCCGAUUCAAGAAGGACUUCCGUGUCGUCAGCAUCGACCACCUCACGCCCCGGCAUCGACAAAAUCCUCAGCCUGAGAAGCGCCGAGUUGAUGCGAGGCAUCUCCAUAAAGGAAUCUCUGCGUCGCGGAGGGCGACUGUGGCGAAAAUCCCCCAUCGACUUACCGGAGAAGGAGAAAGCUGGACUUUGGUCACGUUCGCGACAGGUCGACUACUUCGACAUUUUCCUGUCGCACACGUGGGCUACCAGAGGAUGUUGGAAGUACCUCUCCCUGUCCUUUCAGCAGGGCUGGAGCUAUGCUCUACUAUCAUGGCUUUUUCUCCUCGUGGUUUUGGAGCUCCUAUGCUGUUUACGCCUUGCGCCGGUGCUGGGCACUGUCAGCUUCGAAGUACAAGGUUUCGAUGCGAAGUGCCCCUUCAGUGGCCUUGGGAUGCUUGUGGCCAUGCCGGUGUCGGUCCUCACUUUCUUCCUGGUUCCUUACAUUCCCGACAUGGGCAUGGGCCGCAAGAAGCAAUCCUGUUUCCUCGAUGUGGUCAGCAUCCACCAAUGCAAUGCCAAGAUCAUGCAGCAAGGAAUCUAUGGGCUUGGCGGCUUCCUGAGUGCUUCCAAAGAAAUGAGAAUCCUUUAUUCCGGACCUUAUCUCUCCAGGUUAUGGUGCGUUUUUGAACUAGCUGCCUUCCGCACGGCCAACCCGACCGGCAGGAUCCGUUUCGCUCCGUUGUUUGUGGAGCUCGGUGUGGCCGUCCUCUGGCUCGGAGGCACAUUGGCCAUUAUCCUCUACAUUGCGGGCUUCCUCACGGACUUUCGCGGCACAGCUCUUCUUGUCGUUGCACUGCUCCCACUUCUCGCAGUCUUCCACCUCCUGCGGCAGAACUUGGCCCGGAAGCGGCAGGUCUUCUUGGCCUUGGCGAGCUUCGAACUGUCGGAUGCGAGUUGCAGAUUGGCCUCCGACAAGGAGUUCAUCUACAACGCCAUCCGGAAGUGGUACGGCAGUCUAGACGCCUUCACCGCCCAUGUUCGCGGCCCACUUCGUGACGAGCUGCUAAAAGACCAUGUGGGCACAAGCCUGCCAUGGUACUACGGCGUGCUGAUUUCGACCCCGUGGAUUAGCCUAGGAACGGAUGCGCUGGCCGCCUUGGUGAGAGGGGACGCCCCCCUCUACGCCAUCUUGGCGUAUGGCUUUGCCAUGACGCUGGGCCUCUUCACCUUUUGGUGGCUCUUUACCAUGCAGUAUCGAUUGGGCCACAACACGCACGGAACGUUUCAGUUCGGCCGGCCCGAAGAAAAUGGUUCUUGCUGCUCCUUUGCCACCGGUGCCCAUCGGCAGAAAGAUGCCCCGGCCUCGUUGGAGCCCUCUGUUCAAGGAAAAGGGCCGCAAGACUUUGCCAAUACUCUUCCCUGGGACUUCUCGCUAUCAACGUCCUCCUUUUGCGGUGCUGCGGGUGCAGUCUUGGCUCGCUUCCCCUCUGCCGAACAUGGUCACAAGGGCUGGGUCGCCAUCGCAGCGUGCAGUCGGGCUGGCAAGUGGCCGUGGUCGCUGGCCAUCUACCAGGAGAUCUACGCCCGUCGCCUAGCAGAUGUUGUUACCUUCAAUGCAGUGCUGAGCGCCUGCGACAGGGCCGGGCAAUGGCACAGGGUGCGAGUCCUCCGGCAGCAAAUGGAGGCUGCCGGCAUCCUCCCCGACCUGGUCACAUACAACACGACCAUCGGAAGUUGCGGCCGGACCGCCAGCUGGACGCGAGCACUGCAUCUCAUCACCGAAAUAGGGCAGGAAGACCUUCAGCCGGACUUGAUCAGCUUCAAUACGAGCAUCAGCGUUUGUGAGAAAGGAGGCGAUUGGCAACAGGCUCUGCAAUUAUUCGAUGACCUUGAGCAUGCGAGCAUUGAGCGUGACGUCAUCUCCUUCAACGCCACUGCUGCUGCUUGUGCCCGGGCCGCGCCGGGCGAAGUUGCAGAAGCACUACUGGGAGCGAUCUUCGAACAAGUCAUGCAACCGAGCCUUGUGACCUACAACACGCUGAUUACGGCUCAUGACCGGAGCCAUCAGUGGCAGCGCGCAUUGGAAGUCCUCGCCACGGCGCGUGCGGUGUCGCUUGCAGACGUUGUGUCCUUCAAUGCCGCCAUGUCUGCGUGCGAUCGAGGUGGGCAGCUCCAUCAUGUACUGAGCUUGAUGAAAGACCUUAAGGAGGCGAGCCUUCAGCUUACCAUCGUCAGUUACAGUUGCGCCAUCAGUGCGUGUGAGCGGGGCGGCCAAUGGCAGCAAGCUCUUUACUUGCUCAGUGAGCUCUUUCUGGCGGACGUCCGGGCGAACGUGGUUACGUAUGGUGCGGCCAUGUCGGCGUGCGAGAAAGCCGAGCGCUGGGAUUUGGCCAUGCACCUUUUUACCGAGCUUGGCCGCAGAGGAUUGAAGACGAACCUGAUCAUCUACAACACAGCCAUGAGCGCAUGUGAGAAGGGUGCACAAUGGCAGCUGGCACUGUUGCUGCUGCAGAAUCUCCUAGACGAGGCGCUAGAGGCUGACAUCGUAUCCUGCGGCGCUGCUGUCAGUGCCUGUGAGAAGGGCAGGCGCUGGGACGCCGCCCUGGCCUUACUUCUGGAACUGCCCUCGCGAGGAGUGCAGCCCAACCUCAUCGUUUGCUGUGCAGCUCUUACGGCAGCCUGCCACAGCAGUGAGUGGCGGGCAGCUUUCUGCCUCUUCAAGGAGAUGGGUCAGUCAGGCAUCGAAGCAGACGCCAUUGCUUACGAAGUGGCCACCCGCUCGUGUGAGAUCGGAGGGCAGCACGAGGAAUCUUUGGUUCUCUUGCCUCGGGUGGCCAUGGGCGGAUUCUUCUCCAGCGAAGAGGCUGAGAAUGAGGAGGCAGACACUGCCGAGAGGCAUGCCGAGGACAUCCGUGGGCAGACGACGAGUCUGCAAUUAGAUGGGGCAGGUCUGAGCGAGCAAUCCGAGCCUUCCUAUCGCAAGCUUUGGUGCUGCUUGAACCUGCCUCGCCAGGACUGUGGCUGGCAUGGCGUGCACGUGCCUGUCAAGGUCAACUCCCUUGAGCCGACGAGGAUCGAGACUGAGAAUUUCCGUGGCCACAUCCUUUUCCUGCACAGGCCCCUCGAAGAGGGUCAUCCCUGGCCGUACGGGAAGCAAUUCGAGGGGAAGUCGCGAGUUUGGGAGCUGCGCGUUCAAGGUGUCUUCAUCUCAGACCCCGGGGACAUCCAUUUCGCAGUGGAGCUUGAGAAGCCGAUGACUCUCAGCUGGGCCUCGCAGGUGACGAUGAACAUGAUCAUGGCCUUUGCCCAUGCCAUGACUGCCUUGCGUGGCGUCGUCUUCGACUACAACCUUUUUCACGAAGAAAGAGAUGACGGGGACAUGAUUCUGCCGUAUUUCUCAUGCCCGCUCGCUGGAGCCGAUGUGGUCUUGCAGACCCCGCAGGGUGCGGCGCCGCCCCGGUUGACCGAGCCGUUCGAGAAGAUGACACCCGAGGAGAAGAUGGCUGUGGAGCUGAACACCACGGAUACCUUCACCUUCCUCUUCUGGACAAACCGAUCGGACUUCCUGCGAUGGGAGCUCGUUAAUCUUCCACUAGGCCUGGGGGACAAGAUGGAGGUUUUCCAUGGACCGCAGCCAAUCAACUUCGUGGUGUAUCGAAAGCGUCCGGGCGUUGACCGCUCUCCGCUAACAGUGCGUGACAAAGACUACUUGUUCCGCUUGGUGAUCCAUCGCGAAAAACACGAGGAACUGGAUGCUUCGCCCGAGAGCCCUGUUCGGCUGGCUUCGUUGGCCGAUGCCUCCAAAGCGCUUCCUGAGUCGUGCUGCUGCUUUCCUUGGCUAUGGCGGUAA